UUGGCAAGUUAAUUAACCAGUCUAAAGCUUUCACAUGUUUCGCGGUUGUUCUUCCUGACUUAAAGACAGUUUAAACGCGAUAUCGACAGUUAACGAUACCAGUGGAGAACGCUGCAGUUGAUCGAUAUGUGUCGGAAAGAAUUGUUGUAAAACAUUUAGUCAUUGACAGAAAAUGAAUGUACAAUAGAACGUUUUACGACAUAUACACGUCAGAUAAUUCAAAAAGUUACAGAGAAUUCAUAAGAUCUUUUUAAAUUGGAUGAAUGCAGGAAAAAAGUGACAAUGAGUUACAUAAGGUUGCAGAUGGGAAGCAUGUUAUUGGUAUGGAUCAACUUGCAGAUUGGUUUGCUUACAAAGAUUUUAUAUCACGGACCAACAUAACAGGGAAUCAGGACUCGCCAUAUAAUUUUUCUGACCCGGGAAGUGUUUUUGAAGAAUUCCAGAAAAAGCAAUUCACUAUCCAUGAAUAUUCAACAAUUGUUCUGUUAAGUUUGUAUGUUAUUAUUUUUUUUAUCGGACUUCUUGGGAAUGCUCUGAUCAUCGUCACAACGAUAAGAAAUGGACAAUCUCAACAUUCUAAAAAUUACUUUUUGAUAAAUUUGGCCGUUGCAGAUUUAGCAGUGACUUUAUGUUGUAUGCCAACAUCGUUAGGAACCAUCAUCUACAGACUAUGGGUAUACGGCAAAUUCCUGUGCAAGUUUGUUGCUUUUUUCCAAGGAGUCGCAGUAGCUGUCAGUGUUUAUUCUCUAACGGCGAUGAGCAUCGACAGGUAUUUGUCUAUUCAAAAUCCAAUGGCAUCACGAAAAUUCAUGACAAAGCGACAAUGUUUGAUCAUGAUCGCCGCCAUGUGGAUUAUAUCAGCCUUGUUUAUGGGACCAUUGCUGUACAUCAAAACUGUCCACACUAGUGAACUAGAUAGCUUGCCGUCUGUCGACUUUUGCAUUGAACAAUGGCCACAAGAGCGAGAUCGUAAAGCAUACGGUUUGUUUUUAUUGUUUGUGGUAUUUCUUAUUCCCGGUGUAACUCUGGCCGUCUGUUAUUCGCAUGUUGGACGCGCCCUUUGUUCAAAGGACAUGACACGUGAAGGGUCUGAUACAAGUACACGUGGUUUGUUUUCCAGGAAGAAAGCUGCCCGGAUGAUCAUUAUCCUCAUCAUUGUGUUCAUGUUGUGCUGGUUGCCUUAUAACAUUGCGUCUCUUGUAUCUGAUUUGUCACAUGACUUCGUCCUUAUACUCCUUUUCUUUACAUUGUGGCUUGGACAUGCGCAUAGUGCUAUCAACCCGGUCAUGUUUUGGUUAUUGAACAGGCGUUUUCGGGAGAAAGUACGAGUUUUGGUUAAAUCUGUCAAAAAGAAUACAUUUUCUUGUACCUCAACAAGUAGCAUGUCCUUGCCAGCCUACGUAUAAAACACUUAGAGCAGACAUAAUAUAGAGUAAUGGUGUUAUUUACAUGUUAAAACAAUCAAAAUCCCUCUAAAUUGGUGUUGUUAGCGACAGAUCGACUUCAAUACUUCCAUUCUAAAUUCAUGAUGUUUAAAAAAAAAUGUAUGGUAGGAUUACAGUUGUCCUCAUUAAUUAAAUACAGAUAGCGUUAAUGAUGAUAAUUUAACUAUGUCAAUUUUCUCAUUCGGAAGUUAAUAAAAUGCUGAUUACCCACAUGCAAGAAGCUUUGUGAUAUCAUUUCGGCAUGUAAUUAGAAUGACGCAUUCAUUACUGUGUACUUUUGAUGACCAAUUAUAGUAACCUUGUUAUAUUGAGAAGUGUAUUGAAAAUUUUUAUCAACAAGCAAAUUUUAAGUUUAAUCUAUAAAUUCAUCAUAUGAAAAAUAACAUCCUUUGCUUUUAAAUAUUAGUUCUCAUUUCAUAUUAUGCUUAUUGAGAGGAUUCGUAGAAAAUUAAUUGUAAUGGUCCGAUUUUGAAUCAAUAAAUUUCUUCACAAAAUCUUUCACGAUUGACAUCAAAAGUUGCAUGGAUUUUCAAAUUUCUACUAAACUUUAUGAACGUUGUGUAUAACUUUACUUAUUCCGCCUGACGAAG